CUGCGGACACGGCCUCAGUGGACGAUACAGCCUGAAGAAAUAACUAUUGGAAGAAACGUGUAAAGAUGUUCACCGCGAGUGAAUACGCCGAUAUGAUUAUAACGUACGGUUUGGCAAGUGAGAACGCACUUGCCGCGGAACGUUUAUACGCAGAAAGAUUUCCCGCGCGCGACAAAUCCUCUCGACACACAAUUGUCUCGUGUAUUGCGAGAUUAAAGGCGACGGGAUCGGUCCUGCGACAUACACGAGAAGAAGGUGAAAGAGUGCAGAAUGUAAAUACUGAAGAGCGCAUUUUGCACGAAUUUGAGAGAGACCCCGGCAACAGCACGCGAAAGGUAGCGACUGCAUUGGAUGUCUCGCGCAAUUUGGUGCGGCGCACAUUACGGGAAAACAAUCUGCGCCCGUAUUAUUUUCAACGCGUGCAGCAACUUCUCCCAGCAGAUGAGCAGAAGCGCGUCUUUUUCUGUGAAGGUAUUGGCUUUACAAGUUAUUUCUUUUGCUGCCAGUUUAUUGAUUUUAUUAAUCACCGUUGAAAUGCAUAGGUUUAUUCAUGCAGUGUCGGCGGGAUAUUUCAUUCCCCGACCGCAUCCUGUGGACGGACGAGUCGACCUUUACACCGAACAGCGUAUUUAAUUCGCGGAAUUUCCUAUUGUGGCAGGAAGAAAAUCCACACGCCAUUCGAGAAGGCGCGUUCCAGUAUCGCUGGAGUAUUAAUGUUUGGGCCGGAGUAAUUGCGGACCGAGUGAUCGGUCCGUACUUCUUGCCAGCUCGGCUUAAUGGCGAGAUUUACGCGGAUUUUAUCAAAAAUCAACUCCCAGGGCUACUCGAGGACGUCCCUCUACAGGCACGAGCGGAGUUGAUCUUUCAACAUGAUGGAACUCCUGCGCACUUUAGCCGGCAAGUGCCAGAUGCAUUAGAUACGCGUUUCCCGGAAAGGUGGAUAGGUCAAGGUGGUCCGAUCACCUGGCCGCCGCGAUCUCCUGACCUUAAUGUGCUCGAUUAUUUCUUAUGGGGUCACGUUAAGAAUUUAAUCGAACAGCGGCGUGAUGGUACAGAACAAGAAGUACGUGAGGCAAUUGUCGCGGCUUUCAAUACUAUCACGCCGGAAAUGACGCACCGAGCAACGCGCGAUAUUCAACGAAGAGCCAAAUUUUGUAUGCGAGAAGGACGGCACUUCGAGCAGUUUUUACAUUGAUGCAUUAAUGUACAGUGGAUUAGGCCUCCUGGGGAUACCACUAUAAAAAAAACGCGCCAUGCUAUCUACCGCUAGAUGGUGUGGAAAGGAUAGCACCGAUAAUCAUCUCCGCGAGGAGAACGCGUGACGAAAACACGCAUUUAUAGGGUGACCGGUUAUAAGCUGCCCACCCGAAGUGUGAAGGUAGAUUGGGUUAAGAUAAACAUAAAAGUCCCAUACCGUGUUGCA